GAUAUUUGUGUGCAUCUCAAAAUCUUUACAAUACAAUAUAAUUCAAUUCUAACGCCACAUGUGCAACCUGCAGGGCAGACAGACAGUCAAAGUCCAUAGUUCUAUAAUGGAUUAACUUAUCCAAUAAUAGUAGUGUAAAUACAAUGAUCGUCUCGAUCGUCAGAUUUUGUACAAUCUGUCUAUUAAUGUAUAUGGAUGCACUUUGGGGACUUUGGUCUGCUCAGUGAAAUAAGAGUCGGGAUGAAUCCCGGGGACGAAUAUACAGUGCACAUGAACAGGUGACGGCCGUGAAUGCAUCAAGGCACUUGACCCACAUGUAUUCGCAUUCGCACAGAAGGUAGUCGUACCAUUGUCAAGUUCGUUGCUUCGAGCUCGCUCUCCUCUGCAAGAAAAAAAUGGCCGCCCAGCAGAAGCCGAGGUUGUAUUAUUUCAACGGGAGAGGCAAGGGAGAGAUGACAAGGCUGACCUGUGCUGCUGCAGGUAUAGAGUUCGAUGAAACCAACCUUAGAACAAGAGAGCCAUUCCUCCAGAUGAUAAAAGAUGGCAAGCUGCUUUUCGGGCAACUGCCACUGUUGGAAAUGGACGGUAUGAAGCUUGUCGGUAGCGACUCCAUUGUUAGACACCUGGGAAGGAAAGCAAAACUCUACGGCGACAGCGAUUCGGAUAGGGCAAGAAUCGAUAUCCUUGUGAUGGGGGGCAAAGACUUUUUUGAUGCUGCCCUUGGGGGUUACCUUUUUACCCCGAACCCAGAAGAAACAGUUGAAACGAAAGUAUUACCGUCGGCCAACAACAAAUACCUCCCAGCCUUCGAAAAGACUCUCGCAGAAAGUAGUUCCGGUUUUCUGGUUGGAUCGCGUCUGUCCAUCGCAGACAUCGUUCUGUUCGAUUCCUUGACCCACAUCACCGACUCACCCUACCCAAAACUUUCCUCAGUGCUCCAAGGGUAUCCCAAAUGCGCGGCAUUUGUUAAAUUCAUCUCCGGCCAGCCGGGUAUCAAGGAGUAUCUCGCUAGCCCAAGAAGAAAUCCUGUGCCCACCGCUGAGUACAUCAACGAUGUCAAGACGACCCUCGGCUGGUGAUCGUCCACCUACUCGACCACAGUCAUUGUUCAGGUCUGGGGGGAUGGGGAGGGAAUUCGAUAGGGGUUAUCUCAUGACCAAAAUGAUAAGCCAAAAGAAGAGACUACGAUCGUCAGGGAAUCUGGGAUAUCUCACUUUGUAGCGAACACUUUAAAAUAAUGCAAAAGAGUGAAUCUAGUCCGUAAUUACACUCCUCUCAGAGUGAGACGAGUGAUCACUCAUUUUGGAAUGGGAUUUACAUCUUUUGAGAGUGGAUCAUAGCUCCGUCUGGAGUGAAAAUUAAUGCCUGAAAAAAUAUCAAAUGUUCACUCAAGAAGGAGCUAUUAAUGCACUCUCAAAAGAUGUAAAUCUUACUCCAAAAUGAUUGGUCUCGUCUGAUCUCGUCUCACUCUUAGAGGAGUGUGAUAGGGGACCAGAUUAGCUCUUUUGCAUUUAGAGUGAAUGGACUGAACAUGAUCCACGUACCGAUUUGUUUUUAUCCAUCAAUUUUCUGACGAAUGGAUGACACACUUGGCUUUUGCAGAUGCUGGCAAAUGUUUGACUCGGAAAGGCAUUUCUGUUUCGAGUUAAUAUGGAGUGAUUUCUCACCCAAUACCACACCAUUAUGAGUCAAUUUUAUUCGGAGUCAGAGUCUGAGUCACUUUGACUCGGAAUAGUUGAUCCCCAGCUGUUGCCUUUCCGCGUCAAAUCUAACUCUGCAGAAAUUAUCACAAUUAUGACAACUGACGAUAAAACUAUACGUUCUAUCCACCGUACAUAAUAGCAAAUUGAUUACGAAAGAUAUGAAAUGUAUUCAUACAAUCGCUUUUAUAUCUUCUGGACCAAGAAAAAGCAAAUACAUGACACCGAUUGUAUUUUGAAACCCCACAGAUUUCAAACAUAUUGCAUACCUAUGGUAAGUUUUAAUAAUUUGAAAUAUAAUGUUUUGUACAGAUAUAUUUUAUAUAAGUCACAAGGCAAGCUGAAAUACAGAAACACGUGUGAUAUAAUAUUGAUGUGAUUUAACUCUGAAAUAAUACGAACUCAGGACAUCAACCAGUUUGUUCCCGAUAAUAAUGUUAUAAUUAUAGCAAUAUCAUUUUAUAUUUUAUCAAUUUCAUUGAUUACUGAUUACAGACAUCGCGGGGCGUUUCAUAAAGCUGCUUGUAAAUUGCACCUGAUUUUACUCACGACUAAAAAUAAGUUAUCGUGUUAAAUGACUGAUCUAUAAUUCAGCUGAACAAGUGGCUGAUAAUAUUGUUCCGGUCAUGCACAAAUUCGUGCGUAAGUUACACACAGCUUUAUGAAAACUAAAAUAACCAUAUUGAGCAAAAAGAUCAGUAAUGGUCAUUACUCAAGACUGCUUUAUUUUAAUCGAGAUUCUGUCUUACUCUUAUUCCAUAAUACACGGUUAUAAUAUACAUUUUUUUCAAUGUUUCGCCGUACAUGCAGGUAUAAAUGCUCUUUUUUCCGAAUGAGUCUAUAUAUUUUUGGUUCUACUUGUCUAUUAAAUGCUUUAUAUAAAUCUGUUA